AUGCAGCGGUUCACACGUGCGUUUGCGGUGUACAACCACAAACAGUUUGGGGAGAUGACGCGGCAGGCCAUCCUGGCACUGCCUUCCAUCCCAAGCAUCUCCCCUUCCUACCCAAAGGGGCCUUUCCACUUUCGCGAUCGGGAGUACUUCAUCGUCGAGUACGAGACCGACAUCAAGCGCCUCAAGCAGGUCGUGCCGUGGCCCCUCGUCCCAGCAUCCAACCGCAUCCUGUACGAGUGGAUCAACAUGCCUGACUCGUCUGGCUUUGGCUCUUACAGCGAGUCUGGCUGCGUCGUGCCCUGCCUUCUCAACGGGGAAGCCGUCAACUACACUCUCUCCAUGUACCUCGAUGACGAGCCGCCAACGGCAGCCGGCCGUGAGCUGUGGGGAUUCCCCAAGCGCCAUGCCAUGCCAUCACUUCGCACAGAAAAGGACACGUUGGUUGGUGUGCUGAAACACGCAGGGCAACUGGCGGUGAUGGGCACGAUGGCAUUCAAGCACCAGAGGACAGACCCUGCACUCGCUGCGGACAAGCUCUCUCGCACCACGUGCAACCUCCGUCUGAUCCCCGAUGUCAACGGCGGCCUCACCAGCGCACAGCUCGUCGGCUUUAACCUCGAAGACGUGGAGGUUAAAGAGGCGUGGACAGGCCCUGCAAGGUUGCACUUGAACCCACACGUGACGGCGCCGGCCUCAAAUCUUCCGGUGCGCAGGAUCAUUGGCGGCACACACAUGAAGACCAACCUCACGCUGCCACUGGGGCGCGUCAUGUACGACUACAAGAACCCCGCCUUUGAGUACACGCCUGACGACCACGACGACGACCAUCUCUCGCCAGCCAAGGUGCUGAAGGCGCCCGCCAUGCCGAUUAUGGCGCCGUCGUAUCCACGCGUGCUCAACCACAUCCACAACCGCGAGUCGCUGUUCAUCAAAUACAACACGACGCGCGAAGCCAUCCUCGCCAACCUCCCGUACAACGUGGAGGCAAACGACGACAACGUGGUGCUGCUCUCCUGGAGCAAGACUGAGAGCACGGGCAUUGGCGCGUAUAACAAGUUCAACGUGCAUAUCCCCUGCCGCUACAACGGCGAGGAGUUUCUCUUUGCGGUCCUGAGCGUGAUGGACUCGGGUGUCACCCUCAAUGCCGGCAGGGAGAUUUAUGGCCAGCCGUGCAAGUACGGCUUCCCUUCCCUGUUUAUCGACAAGGACACGCUCAGCGCCAAGCUUGCAUUUGGCGAGCAGGAGUGUGUGGCUGCCACAUCCCUGUAUAAGCACAGCCCCAUGACCCUCCAUGACGCAGCCAUGCUUGCAAGCACGCCCGAGCUCAACCUCAAGUUCAUUCCCGGCGUGAGCGGCGCGCCCGAUGUUGCGCAACUUGUUGCCAUCCGCUACGGGCAGCCGGAACUCGACACGUCUGUCAUGCACAAGAGCACAGCACGUGUUGCGCUCUUUCCGCACGUCAACGCGCCCGUGGCCGACUUCCUUGUCAUGGAGCAAUCUGACUGCUGGGCAUAUCACAUGCGCAUCAAGCACUGCAAGCUGCAGGGGGAGGUCGUGCACGACUACCUGCUGCAGGAGUAG